GGCAAUGAUUAAUGCGACGAAGAGGUGAUGUGAUGUGGCGAAACUUCGGCUGGACGGCCAUUCUGGCUACAUGGACGAUAUUCCUGAUAUUGAACAGCGGCUUAGCUGGCGAACGAGUUCUCAAUAAACCGCAAAACAACAAUGAAGACACUCCUUACAGCCUGCAUCGUGGAGCAACGUAUCCCGUUUUCGAUAGGAAAGUUAUCGAUGAUUCCAGGUUACGAUACGCGAAAGGAAAUUACAAAUCGAAUGAUCGUUCAUCAAUGCAUGCGAAAGCAGUUUCUCCGGGAUUCAAAAAUACGGAAAAUCGCGAUUCACGAGUCAAUGGCUAUGAAAAGCGCAUUGCGAUGUCAAAUACAAUGGCUACGGCGAAGCACUUGAAAGGCAGCGACGACAAAAGUGCGCGACUGAUUACGAAAAGAACGGGAAACGUAUGGUUGUCGCAAGUUACUGUUAUGGAAAAGUCAAAGAGUACGAGGAAUUAUCUCAAGUUCGUGUCGAGCCUACGUCCGACGCCAUCGACGUCUCGAGAGUUGAAAAGCGCCUCGCGAGAAAGAAGACGUAAAGAAAGGGCUACCUAUGUGUACUUGAACGAUCAUAAAAAGACAGGAACGAUAAGACACGAUACUCGGUCGCAUGGCGAGAAAGGCGGACGGUGGAAAAAGCACGAGAGGGAUCGGAUCUUUAGCGACGUAAAUGGGAUGACCGCAUUCUUCCCCGGCAAAAUCACAAAGAACCCGCGCAUCGAGGAAGACAGUUCUGCACAGAAGUUCGAAAAUUCCGAUAUCUCGCAACUCAAAACUAUGGAGGGCAUCGAGUCCGGACGCACCGACGGAACACACGAACGUAAUAAGAACGAAGGGGAUUCCCGUCUCGAGCUGAAAAACUGUACGAAUAAAUUGAUUUACGUUGAGGCCAACGGCAAAUCUCGAAAAGUGGAGGCAACUUUUUCAAACUGCUCAAGUUCAAAGGAAAAUCAGAGUCGUGAGAAUGAGACUAAUGCAACAACCACUACAGGUAACACGAUCACAGAAAACUCGCCGUACCAACGUCCCGUAGCUGCCACCUGGACUACAUUAAUCUUCAACUCCAAAAUCUCGAGUGCAAACGGAGAAGUUGGUGAUGAAGAAAACACCGUGAGUCCCUACCACCCUUUGGAGAAGGUAUAUUCGAAAUCCUAUAAAGCGGAUAAAUUUCUAGCAGUCGAAACAUACAAACGUGACGAAUAUUCAAAGGUAGGAUUUAAAGUACGUACAGAUACGUACGCGAAUAAGAAAGGAAACGGGAACGUCUUCGAUUCGUUCACUUUUCGCACAUCGAAUUCGCUCAAAAACCAUUUCACUGGGAAAAGAGUCAGCUCCGCGAGGCGUCCCUUUUUAUACAAAAAGAAAAACGCACUGAAGACGAGCGAUAUAUUUGAUCGACGACAUCCAUAUCACGCUUCGAAAAGCGAUAUUGAUGUAAGAAUAAAUAGAAAAACAGCGAAUCCCGGCGAGAUGCGUACAAGAAAGAAAACGGAAGAAAAGAAGAUUACCGCUGCUGCAAACUACGCAACGCACAACGCGCUCGAAUUCGAGCCUGUUUUGUUGCCAAAUAAUUUAUCUAUCAAGGGAACCGAUCAAUCGAACUUGGAUCAGAUGCGAACGCGUAUUUCAGUCACGCAGAAAAGGAAUCCGGUGCACGUACGACACGUCGGGCCCGACGCGGGCUGCGAGCGCCCGCGGAGAACCGAGUUCGAGGCCGAAGUUCGUGACGCGUUUCGAAUCGGCCUCCGGAAUGUCUCCGGUCUAUCGAGGAUCGCGAAAUUCGGCGGCUCCAUCGACUCGACCGGCUCCCAAAAACCUCAUCAUGACCGCCCAAAGUACUCGCAGAAAUUUCGCGCAAUCAAUACCGGAAUGCGGCCUCCACGCAUCGCUGAGACAACUGAUGGGGGAUCAGAAUUCAACCAAGAGCCUCGAGGAGCCGAGAGCAUAUCUGUCUUUUUCGGUGCAGCGAAUGUCAGCGAUAAUUCGACCGAGAUGCGGAAGAUUAAUGGGCGUGUGCAGUCAUCGAGCGAACUUACGGAUGAGCCCGAAUUAGAAAAUGUCAGAGUUACGACGAGACGUGGUGGAAAUCAUCGAGACAUGCAUGAAGGAUCUGGAUUUUAUUCACGAAGCGAUGGUAUCCAUAACUCAAAGCAUCGGCGAUACAAGCGCCAGGAAGAGCGGAAUACUCCGGGGAUCUCGGCAUCAACUGAAUUCGAUAGCGGGACGCGGAAGACACUCGAUACGGCGAGGGCGACAACAGCGUCGAACUUGCUAAUCGAAUUUAGUGCGAAUCCACCCAUUUCGGCCACUCAAGUAAAUAAUAUAGUAUCAACUAGCGCGAAGAAAGUUCGUACUUCUGUAGAAACACUGCCGACUUCGAAAUACGAAGAAUUUCAGAAAGAGUGGCAAUCGAGCCCAUUGGCGACCGAACGCGACGAGAGAUACACGAUUGCUCCGGCAAAAGUGGUUUCCGAUGCUUCUGACUCAUUAGAGAUAUCGUUGAUAGAUGCCCCGAUGACGUUAAACGCCAGUUUGGCAGAAAGGCCGUUUCUAAUCAAAGCGCACGAUCGCUCGAGGGCGGUAACUAAAACAGACAACUCUAUCGUUCCGAAAGAACUGCCCUCGGCUGCGGAAGCAAAUGUGCGAGUAUCCGACGCUGCGAACAGAAACGUCUUGGAGGUAUCUUCGACCGAGCUCGUUAAUUCGCAAGAGGGACAUGGAGCGUACGGUAACGAAUCCGUUUGGACCAUUGACCCACUUCCACAAAGGAACAGUGAUUCUCCUCGAGGUGUCCUCGAAGGCAUCACCACGGAGAAUAUCAUCGACUCGUUGGCUAGUGACGUGCUCUCGGACCAGUGGCCUGUAAAGCAUAGCGCGGUAGUGGAAGGUGAUCUUGUUCUCGGUGGACUGAUGAUGGUGCACGAAAGGGAAGAUAGAAUUACAUGUGGUCCUGUAAUGCCUCAGGGCGGAAUUCAAGCUCUCGAAGCUAUGCUGUACACGUUGGACACUCUCAAUGAUCGGGAGAUUGUGCCAGGCGUCAAGAUCGGGGCGCACAUACUCGAUGACUGCGACACGGACACGUACGGUCUUGAGAUGGCGGUGGAUUUCAUUAAGGGUUCGAUAAGCAACAUAGACGGCGCGGAAUAUCACUGCAACAAAACUGCCGUGCGAAAAGUAAUCAGUGGAGUCGUUGGUGCAGCGAGCUCGGUAACUUCGAUUCAGGUUGCCAAUCUUCUGCGAUUGUUUAAAAUUCCGCAAGUUUCCUAUUUCUCGACAAGUCCAGAGCUUUCCAACAAACAACGCUUCGAAUAUUUCACUCGCACCAUACCUAGCGAUCACUAUCAGGUCAAAGCGAUGGUCGACAUUGUACUGACGAUGGGUUGGAGCUACGUUUCCAUCAUUUACGAGGAGAGCAACUAUGGUAUAAAAGCUUUCGAGGAACUCGAGGAACUACUAGGGAGAUAUAACAUAUGUAUCGCCGUCAAAGAAAAGUUGGUGAAGGACUCUGGAGUCGCCAAGGAGUUCGCCUACGACGACAUAGUUUCAAAGUUGCUGACAAAACCACGAGCAAGAGGUUGCAUUAUCUUCGGCUCCGACCAAGAAGUCGCCGGGGUCAUGAGGGCGGUCAGGCGUCGCAAGGCGACCGGCGUUUUUUCCUGGAUCGGAAGCGAUGGCUGGAGCGCAAGAGGAUUAGUGAGCAACGGUAACGAGCCGGAAGUUGAGGGCACUCUAUCUGUCCAACCUCAGGCGAAUCCCGUUAAAGGUUUCGAAGAGUACUUCCUCAGCUUGACCGUCGAGAACAAUCGGAGGAACCCGUGGUUCGUCGAAUUUUGGGAAGACCAUUUCAAAUGCCGAUACCCAAACGCGCCCCGGACACGCUAUAACGCAAAUUAUACAAAAAAUUGCACGACAAAGGAACGUCUCACCAAGCAGAAUACGGCUUUCGAGGAUCAACUGCAAUUCGUUUCCGACGCAGUAAUGGCAUUCGCUUACGCUUUUCGAGAUAUGCAUCACGACCUUUGCCACGGAAAGGUGGGAUUGUGCGAUGAAAUGAAACCGACGAAAGGAACAACGCUUUUGCAGUACCUGCGCAAGGUGGAUUUCGAGGGUCUAAGCGGAGACAAAUUUAGAUUCGACAAGAACGGCGACGGACCAGCGCGGUACAACAUCAUACACUUCAAGCAAACCGAGUCGGGCAAGUACAAGUGGAUUCGCGUGGGCAAAUAUUUGGAAGGCGAGCUGCGACUAAACAUGUCGGAAAUCCAAUUUAAACUCGGACAUCCUCAACCACCCGAAAGCGUGUGCUCCUUGCCUUGUGAGGUCGGUCAGGCAAAGAAAUAUGUCGAGAGUGAGAGAUGCUGCUGGCAUUGCUUUAAUUGCACUCAAUACCAGAUACGGGAUCCCAAGGAUGAGACACAGUGCAGUCAGUGCAAACGAGGUACGUUGCCAGACGAAACGCAUUCGAUGUGCCAGGAAGUUCCGGAAGAGUUUCUACGUCCGGAAAGUGGAUGGGCAAUAGGCGCAAUGUCUUUCUCCGCCACGGGAAUUUUGGUGACGUUAUUUGUUUGCGGCGUUUUCCUCAAACACAACGACACGCCUGUCGUGCGCGCGUCUGGACGAGAGCUAUCUUACGUGCUUCUCUCGGGAAUUCUACUCUGUUACCUCGUCACAUUCACUCUGAUAUUCAAACCCACGCACGUUGUCUGCGGUAUCCAAAGAUUCGCCGCGGGCUUCUGCUUCACGGUAGUAUACGCAGCUUUAUUAACGAAGACCAAUCGAAUCUCAAGAAUCUUCAACGCCGGGAGUGCAAAGAGGCCGUCCUUCAUAUCACCGCGGUCGCAACUUAUUAUCUGCACCGGACUGGUAUCCGUGCAGAUCUUAAUUAACAUAGUUUGGAUGAUUAUCGAUCCCGCGAGAGCGAUGCAUCACUAUCCCACGAUGGAAGACAAUCUGCUCGUAUGCAACAACUACAUCGACACCAGCUAUAUGAUCGCAUUUACAUAUCCCAUAAUAUUAAUAAUUGUGUGUACUAUCUACGCCAUCCUUACGAGAAAAAUUCCAGAAGCUUUCAACGAGAGCAAGCACAUCGGUUUAACGAUGUAUACAACAUGCGUCAUAUGGCUCGCUUUUGUACCUUUGUACUAUGGUACCGGAAGCAACGUCGCACUGAGAAUUACCUCGAUGUCUGUAACAAUCAGUCUUUCUGCAUCCGUAACGGUGGUUUGCCUCUUCAGUCCAAAGCUGUACAUUAUUUUAAUCCGACCCGAGAGAAACGUCCGCCCGACUGUAAGGGCAGGAAGACCCAACCCGACGAAAAGUUCGGCGAUAACUGCCACAAAUGCCUCGAGUAUGAUGGGGCCGGUGACGGCGACGACGGUUCUGACAGCCGCUACUUGCGACCAGAAUAAAGCCAUCAAGAAACAUAUCGCGUCCACCAUGGACUGCUCCACUCAGAGCGAAUAUUACGAAAUGGAAUUGAAGGAGCGGAAAAACGGGGAAUCGCUGACGACGUGCAUCUCGCGAUCAACGCAGACGGCUGUCAACGAGAAGGAAUUUGUGACCGUGGUGACGAGUAAUAAAAAGUCACCGGACGUAAUCGUGUCCGCGAGUAACAUGGAAUCAAAUAGCACAACGACGAAACGACUCAACAGCAAUGCCAGGAUAGGCAACGGGCCGCUUUCCCAGAGCGACGUCUCGUUAUAGCGGAAGGUAGAGCUGUCAACGGAAUCGCCGGUAUUAACUGUUAGUUUAAAACCGAUCUCAAAGAACCCCGUUAUCGUUUGAUUUAUUCUGUUGUACACUGUACAUACGACUAGAUCCUCGCCAACGCAUUUCUCGACAAGACGAAGUCAAAUAUUGAAAAUUAUUUUCAAGCAACUUAUCGUCAGGUGCCCCUCGCUAUAGGCAAAAUGUAAGCGGCAGUCAAACGCCAAUUUGCUCGAUGACACGUACUUAAAAUUAUCCAUUACCAUUGGAUUAGAGUUGAGUGAAUAUGAGGUAGAAGAGAAAUUUAUUAUACGAUGUGCCGAAAAUAUAUAUAUCCUGAGACGCACGAUAUGUUACAAACUUAUAAUCUUAAGUUACAUGUAAGAGGACAAAUAAACAUAAAUGAGCGUACAAUGAAAGAGCAUUAGAGUUAAAGAUUGUUUUGUUACUUAAUAAUGUACGCAACGAAGAAAUAUAUAUAAUUUAGAGAUUUAUUAUGCUGAAUCUCUCACUACAUCAUCACAUUUACCGUUACUUAACAAGCACGUAACGUAAUCAAAUAUCAAUUCUCUUCUCUGGAAAAAAAAAUUAACGAGGAAAGUCGUUAUAUUAAUUUCGCUCGCAUCUAACGAAUAAAAUAACUAGACGUUUAACAUUAUCCAUUUUUAUAUCUUCUACUCUUUUAUAUAAAAAAAAACACUAACUGGAUUUUAAUAGUUCGAUAGACACUAAAUACUUUAAUAUGUUACAAUGCAAUGUAUUAAUGUCUUAAUCCGUAUAAUAUUUCGUUAUAAAUUAAAAAUUCGUUUUCCUUCAUUGAAAAUUAUGAUGUAAUUUACAUUUGAAAUCGUAUUAAUUGUAAGUCGCUGUUAAAGAUACAUAUCUUUAAAAAAUGUCUUAAAAUCUCUUAAACUUUUGAUAUUUCUAUCUCUUGCUUCGUGUUUUCUAUAGGUAACGUAAUAUUAAUAAUUGAGGAAAAUUCUAUAUUAUCUUUUUACAUGGCCACGUCUCGAUAUUCACAUCAUUUUGACACUUCUUGUCUGAUAUGCCGAGUGUCAUAAAAAUUCAAACGUUUAAACAUAAUUCAACAAAUUUACAAAAUUAUCCUGUCUGAAACGGAAGUUGUAAUUUAAACCUUUUAAUAUUGUAUAAUUACGAGGUAAAUAUUUAAAAGUACUUUCGUUUAUUAGGUAACAAAUUCGUAAGUUUUCUAAGAAAAAUUAGCAUUAAGUGUAAUGUUCACAUUGCUGUACACGUUACAUCUAAUUAUUGUAAAUAUACAUUUGUAAAUAUGUAAACUUAGAAUUGAAUCUAACAUAACGCGCACUUCACGUGUCGUUAAAGCGAAGUGCGAGUACAUUUUAGAUUAGGCUAAUAUUAUAACAUCAAAAAUUUAGCCAAUAUUAUGAUAUUAAAUUUAUUGUUUAGGAAGAUUUUCUGCAAACUAUAGGAAUUGCUCUUCGUAGAAAAAACAUGUGCAAAUUGCAUAGUGUCAUAACUCAUAACAGUAGCGCAAAUUUGGUUUUGCAAUACGUAAUUCUUGUUAUUAUUAGAAUAUAAUUAAGUAUUGUAGAACAGAUUCUUAUUGACGAUGUGAGGAAGACUGUAUUAAUUUUACGUAAGACUUGACAUAUUCCAUUCGCGUUAAACAUAUCGUCUCUAAACUAAAACACCUACUUUAUAUUUUGCUGUGAAAAUUUGUCAGUACCUCAUUCGAUCAUUUGCAAUUGCCAUCAAUUUAUCUGUGAUUUAUUUGUAUACGUCUAGAAAUGUAAAUCAAUGUAUACUUGUAAAUCAUUAUCACUGUACUUGAAGUAUUUCAAAUUCUCUGUAUAUGUACGGACAUUCAAAUAUAAUAUAACGUUUAUCAAUA